AUGGACAAAUUUGUGAUCCGUGCAGGCCGUGCAGCAGCAUCGAAAAUAAUUGAUAGUUCUCCCACGAGUUCUACGUCAACAUGUAGCGCGGUGAAAGAUGCCUCAGCCUUGGGCAAUUGUGACGAUGCUACUGCUAAUGACAUUAGUGUUCAGAAACAGAAUACAGCAGAAAGUGGAAAAAGGGGGCGUUCUUAUCAAGAACAGUGGAAAGAAAAAUACGGUUGGAUUAUUUACGACAAGAGUAAUGACAAGGUGUUUUGCUCAGUGUGUCAGGAAGCUUUGUCAUCGGGUGCCCCCAUGCCAAAAAAAUCUUCUCGAGAUGAGGAAACAAUUAAGGCUUACACACAAACUGGCUUUUCCUCUUGGAACAAGGCUUUAGAGCGAUUUGCAGCUCACGAAAAAUCGGAAGUUCAUCGUUUUUGCUGCACCCGAAAAAAAGCAAUCGAUGAUGGAGUCAAUGUACAUGCAUUGAUAUCUAAGGGCAAGAUAAAUGAAAUGAAAUCCGCUAGAGCAGCUCUUCUCAGGAUGAUUUCUUCGUUGCGUUAUCUAAUGGUUCAGGGAUUAGCAAUUCGUGGCCAUGUCGAUGAAAAUUCCAACUAUCGUGCAUUAUUGGCUUUGGUUGCCGAGGAUAAUACAGAUUUGGCAUCUUGGCUUCAGCGUUCUAAAUACAAGUGGCUUUCUCAUGAUGUUACCAAUGAAUUAGGUUCAAUUAUGGCUCAUGAGGUGUUAAAACACUUAGUGAAACUCGUGAAAGAUAGAGACGCUCCAUAUUUUUCUGUCUUAAUUGAUGAAACUGCUGAUGUGACCAAUCAUGAACAGGUGUCUAUUUGUUUCCGAUUUGUAGAUGACGAUUUUGAGAUCAACGAAGUCUUCUUUGGUUUUUAUAAGACUGAAUCCACCACUGCUGAAACUUUGAAAAAUAUUUUGCGUGAUGUUCUCACUCGUUUUGAUAUUGAUAUUAAGUUUUGUAGAGGCAUUGCGACUGACGGAGCGGCGAAUAUGACCGGUGCUUUAUCGGGUUUGCAGGCAAAAAUUCGAGAAAUCGAACCACGAGUUAUUCAAGUUCAUUGCUUAGCCCAUUCGUUGAAUCUCGUUGUUCAAGAGGCAAUGAAAGUACAGUCAACUGUGAGAGACUAUCUCGCAACUGCUAAGGAUCUGAUAACAUUUGUGUGUGCAUCUCCAAAAAGACAGGCCAUGUUUGAAUCCCUACAAAUGUCAGAUGAUGAUACCUUGGACAAUGUAACUCAAACUCAUCGGCUUCGCCCUUUUUGUCCAACCAGAUGGUGCUGCCGAAUAAGUUCUUUGAAAACGAUUAUACAAAACUACGAAGAACUUGUAUUGUUUUUGACUGAAAUUGAAGGUACCGACAGAUCUGAUGUUGGAGCAAAAGUGAAUGGCUUCUUGAAGCAUUUGCAGUCUUUUGAAUUCAUUUUUAUGUCGUGUUUUUUAAUAAAAAUUCUUGAUCCUGUAGAAAUGUUGAACGCUGCACUGCAGAGUUCUUCAUUGCAUCUACAAAUGGCUAUGAAUAAUGUAGAUAAUACUAAAGAAUUAAUACAAUCCUAUCGAACUGAUGAGCAUUUUGAUGAGGUCUGGAAUUCUAGUUUAGGAAUGGCCGAAAAAUAUCAAGCUGGUGAACCAGAACAGCCAAGAAUGAGGCAAGUGCCAAAAAGGUAUGAUAGUGGCGCACAGCCCACUAGAUUUUUAAGUCCGAAAGACUAUUACAGACAAAUUUACUAUCAAGUGGUAGACACAGUGAUAAACUCCAUCGAUGAUAGAUUUACACAAGCGAGUACUUCUCAUUUAAAGCACGUUGAAAGUUUCCUUCUUAGAAAAAAUAAGGAAGAUGAAGACCAAGACUAUGUGACCACAUUUUACAAAGAUGACUUUGAUAGCAACCGUCUGAUUUUGCACAGAGAUAUGCUCUUAGAUAUUCUGAAGUCAAAGAGUGUUUCACCUAAACAUUUCGGUGAUUUAGUGGAGUACAUAAAGGCCAACGAAAAUAUUCGAGAGCUGAUCCCAGAAGUAGUCAAACUUAUUAAAAUAACCCUGACAAUUCCUGUUUCAACAUGUACGGCGGAACGAUCUUUUUCCAGACUGCGGAGGUUGAAAACCUAUUUACGCAACAGUAUGACUCAAGUUAAAUUGAAUGACAACGCAAUCAUGCAUGUUUAUAGAAAGCUUGGGAAUCUAUUAGAUCUUAGCUUUGUGGCGGAUACUUUUAUCAAGCGAGCAUCUGUCCGUCGGAAUACAUUUUACUUAGGUACAUGA